GUUCGCUUGGCGGGCGGCUGGUCAGACGUGACACUCCACAGCGGCGCGAAGGCAAUGCUCCUCAGGACUGCAGCCGGCACAUGGCUCCACACCGUUCUGCCGGCGGAUUGCAAGCUCAGCUGGAAGAAAGUUCGUGCUUUGCACGGCAAGGGCACCCGGAUGGCUACAGAAGAGGAAGUGGCUGCAGUAACGGGCUGUUUGCCCGGCGCAGUUCCUCCGUUAGCUGCGUUCCCGGAGAAG